ACGGCUAAUAAUUAAUGUUGCGUGACGGGAAGUUCGUUUCCAUCCCAAUUAUCUUUUGGUCAGACAUGUCAUAUCUCAUAGCGUCUACAAAGAUGAAUAUUCGUGUUGUUUUGUAUUGAAAUCAACCCCAUGCUGAAAUAAGCAACUUUAGUACUCUUUCUGUUUGUUGUUGAAUCAUAACACAGCCGUUCAUCUCCACAGAAUGUCCCUUUUGGGUUUGUACCCAUGCAAUAAUAUCUCAGCUCCAACUUAUUUGUCGUUCACGUCGGCUUCGACGACAAUAUUAUCAUCAAUUGUCGCCAUUGUGGGCAACUUUUUAGUGGUCGUUGCCGUUCUCCUUGAUUCCAACAGAGACCUUCGUUCGCCAUUCGGCUUCUUCGUUGCCAAUCUGGGACUGGCAGAUCUAACUGUUGGGCUUGUAACCGCACCAAUGGGUACCAUAUACCUAAUCUCCGAAGGGCUAAAACGUGUCGAGAAUUUGCAAGGAUUCCGGCGGUGGAUGCAUGUAUGCUACUUCAUUUCCUGUUCUGCCUCUCUGCUCAGCCUAACAGCCUUGGCGUUAGACCGAUACGUUGCUAUCACAUAUCCUUUGCAUUACCGAAGCAAACUGAACCCAACAAGAGCUUUGUUUAUCUCGUGUUUGGUUUGGAUCACUUCGAUCCUCCUGUCCUUAUUCUAUUUCACCGUGGGCUACAACAGGUUCCGGUUUGUCUUUGCAAGCACUGCUGUUGCGGUUACUUUCGCGGUGCUAAUUUUCACGUUCGUGAAGAUUUUCAAGUAUUUGCGACAUCAAGUCCGUCACUGGGACAAUUUACACGACAGUACAGAGGAGAACGUCGUCAUGAAACAAGCCACGAAAAGAGAAAAGAAGAUUACAAAGACGCUGUUGAUUGUCCUUUUGUUAUUUUUAGCGUGCUACGUGCCUUCGUGUGUAUGUAUCUACAUCGUUAACUUUUGCUAUACUUGCGGCUGUGAGUUUAUUCACUGGGUAAGAGACAUCCAGUUUGUUCUUGUGAUGGCAAACUCUGGUGUGAAUCCAUUCGUAUAUGCGUGGAGGUUAAAAAAUUUUCGGAAGGCUUUUAAGAGUAUCCUAACGUGCCGUGCAUUUCUAAGGCGGCUCAGGUCGGUCUCAGUGAAUCUUCAAUUGUCGACUGUGCGCACAGUUAAUAACACCGUCUCAAGCGAUGGCAGUAUUGGAAGAGUUAAUCCAACAGUACAGGAGUAGCAAAGCUUAAUUAAACUUAACUCGUAGCGUCGAAAAGGGUAAUUACCAAUUUUAAACAUUUUUGGAAUGAAGACUUCAUUUGCGAUUCAUCAGUU